UCCGAGGCGGACUACAACACAGGGAUUACCCAUGAUAUAUACGUGUAUAUAUGUAGGGCUGUGGGUGCGAGAACCAUGGCUGUGAGAGUCGGAAAUAUGCAACUGUUUGUCGGUAUCACAGCCAUACUGGUCUGUCUCUGUGACGGCCAGUUAGAUAGUAAACCAGUGUGUACGUACGACAUUAAUCAAGCGGCCCAGGGAUGCCAGCUCGACAUACUUAUAAUGUCUGAUAUACUGAAGGACCCUUUGGACGGACAGACGAAUAGAGAAGACUUUUGCAGGAAUAGGUUUGAGCAGUGCGUAAAAGCCGUCCAGAGCGGAACGGAUCACCAAUGUGAGGGAGUCGAUGUUAAAGAAGAGAUGCACCAUGCACGUGUGAACGCCCUCAGGGGGUUCUGUCGUGAAAUAGACGUGUGGCAGAAAUACAAAGACUGUUUGCAGGCUCAGCUGCUGGACGCCAUCGCUGUUUGCCAACGGGAGCAUUAUCUCAACAAACAGAAUUUCACUAGAACGGAGUUUUCCGGAAUGUACAAAUCGGAAUUUGACAGGAGGAAUGCGCGAUGCGGUGUUCAGCGCUCCUUCCAAGUAUGUACAGAAAACGUCAUAUACGCCAACUGUCGGGACUAUUAUUUUUACUUCAAAGACUACCAGGUGGCUCUGCUGACGCCCUAUUGCCGCCAGUUAUACGAUCUGACGUCACGCUACGUCACGGAUGACCCAAACAAGGGGGCUACUCCUGGUUCUUCCAUUCUUCGAGUCGCAUUGGUUGCUGUUGCUACUUGCAUUACGUCAAAAAUCGCACUUUAAAAAAAUAUCGUUCCAUCCUAGGUAAAUUGUUUCACACAAGUGGAAAGUCUUCAUAGUAUUCUGCGUUUUGGGUUCAAAUGUUGAUGCACGGAAAUAAUAUGAGCUGUCAAAAGGCAGAAUUAAUCAGGGGCUCCGAAUUCCAAUGAGACAUAGGGUUGACUUCAAGAAACUGAAGGUGUUUACAGCAAUGUACGGGAAAAUGUGAGCAUAUCUCAUUCGUUGUGUGUUGUCUGAAAUCUAGUAAAUUUCUUGCCCAGACCUACGUAUAUAUAUAU